AUGUCCAAAUCAACGCUCGCCAUGUUUGCUGCCCUCGGCGCCGGAGGCGGUGCCGCCCUCACCGCCGCAGUCUAUUCACUACGCUCCCCUGCCAACGCCAAGAGAGCCGAAGCUACCAGCACGACCAUCGUCUCCCCCACCGCCACGGGGACGAAAACGGCGACGGCUCUGCCUCCCACCCAAAUCUUCGCCAACACCGCUCUCGCCGGCACUGCCAACCCCGUCAACCCGGCCGGCCUCUUCGACUAUGGCUUCCCGGGUCCCGUGGCCGAUGUUGCCAACCGCUCCGCCCUCAUCUCCAGCUACGAUCGUCGCACCCGCAACCCUCACUGGGUCGUCGAGCACAUCACGCCCGCCUCGCUCGCCAUCCGCGACGGCGAUCGCAAGCACAGCGCCUUCCUCGAGGACGACUCCGUCCCUCAAAAGUUCCGCGCCGGCCUCAAGGACUACCACCGCAGCGGCUACGAUCGCGGUCACCAAGUGCCUGCCGCCGACGCCAAGUGGUCCCAGAAGGCCAUGGACGAGACCUUUUACCUCUCCAACAUGUGUCCCCAGGUCGGCGAGGGCUUCAACCGUGACUACUGGGCUCACUUUGAGGAUUUCUGCCGUCGCCUCACCAGGCAGUAUCCCUCCGUCCGCAUCGUCACCGGCCCCCUCUACCUCCCGCGCAAGGAUCCCGUCGACAACAAGUGGUACGUCAAGUACGAGAUGAUCGGCAGUCCACCCUCCGUCGCCGUGCCCACGCACUUCUACAAGGUCAUCUUCGCCGAGGAUGGCAAGACCGGCGGCAACGUCUCCAUCGGCGCCUUCGUCCUUCCCAACGCCCCCAUCUCCAACGACAAGCCCAUCACCGACUUCGAGGUCCCUAUCGAGGCUGUCGAGCGUGCCAGCGGCCUCGAGUUCGCCACCAAGCUACCCAUCCAGCGACGGAAGCGCCUGUGCGCAGACACCACCUGCGCCCUCGUCAUCAAGGACUACGCCGACAGGCAGAAGGCCUUCAACAAGCCUGGUCAGCGCGCUUUACCGCCACCCAAGGCAUAG